AUGGCGAUCUGGGAUUCCUUCAGUGGCCGGAAAGCGACGGCCACCCAGGACGGCUUCGAUCCUACCUCCGCUCAAGAUGUCUCGUCUUUUCUCCAGGAAAACGCGCUUCCUGAUCCUUCGCAGCUCCACCCUUUGGCUGGGCUGAACCAAGACGCUCUUGAUUAUCUCACACUGGAGGACUCUGCUCUGGACCAACUCCCCGGAUCGCGAUCGGCUCUUCCCUCCCGAGGCUGGUCGGACGACCUUUGUUACGGCACCGGCUCGACGUAUCUGGCAGGGUUGACGAUAGGAGGAGCAUGGGGUCUGGCUGAGGGCCUCAGCCGGACGCCGGCCAGCGCAGGGCCAAAGCUGCGUCUCAACGGCGUGCUCAACUCGAUUACCAGACGCGGUCCCUUCCUGGGAAACUCGGCCGGCGUCGUCGCCAUGGUCUAUAACGGCCUCAACUCAAUGAUCGGAUAUGGUCGCGGAAAGCAUGAUUCAGCCAACAGUAUUGCUGCCGGUGCUCUGAGCGGGAUGAUUUUCAAGAGUACCCGGGGUACUCGGCCAAUGCUCAUCUCUGGUGGAAUAGUGGCUAGUAUUGCAGGAGUCUGGGCUGUCACUCGCAAAACCGUUUUCUCGUGA